AUGGAAAUCCGCUCCUCUCUCAACUCGGACCUUGACUGCUCCGCCGCCGCCGAAGUGGUUUUCGACGACACUGUUCGACUUCUUGGUGAGCUGAUGUCGCCAACCCCGCGUGGUGCGGCCGAGGAUCGUACCGAGCUUCUGCACUGUCUUCGGCGACUCAUGCGGACAAUAUCCCCGGCUCUGUCCGGUCCGUACUCUCCGAAUCUUACCUCGAAAAACACUUGGCGGCUUGCUCUCACGUCCAACUCGGAUGUGAUCCAGGCCAUCGGCCCCUAG